GACGUCUCUUUUCGAAUGGACUGGCAUAGCUCCAUUCUUUCCUCGUUACUGUUGCACAAAUGCAGCACAAUUUGCGAUAAUGGCGAAUACAUGUCUUGUGAAGAAUGGGGUUCCUCAGCCCAUUGUUCACUCCGUCUCCACCUUCUUGGAAACCCAUCCAGGUGCUUAUACCACUUCUCGGACUCAUAAAAAUGCUUCUUUCGUGGUUUUCUGGGAACGCCACUUACAAAGGCUUGAGCAAUCGGUUCGAAUAUUAGCAGAAUCCAUGCCCCAUUUGUUCCCUGAAAACCCUAAUUUUGAUUCGUCAUGGGAUUCGGUGAUUAAGCCUUUGAUUCAGGUCUCCAUGAGAAAUGGAUUGGUGCUGGCUUUUGAAGAGAGAGAAAACAAAGGGGAAGAGGAGGAGUUUGCAUUGACUGCCCUUGUUGCUGGUGGUUUGGAAGAAGACGGAGAAAAAUCCAAGUGCUUUGAUGUGUUCGUACACAUUGGAGUUUAUGCUCCUCUUGUUUUUGGUGUGAAUUCUGCUCGCUUAGCUCUUGUGGGAGGUGGAAGAGAGAUGGCCCUAAGCAAGCACUCGCAGUGGGUCAGGACAAGGAAAUACUUGGAAAAGCUCAGGCCUCCUAGAGUGACUGAACUCCUGUUAUCAAACAAUGGAGAUCAAAUAUUGGAAGGCAAUGUGACAAACUUUUUUGUUGUUUGUCGCAAGGACAUGCGCUCUUCCAUCCAUGAUUACAAAUCUGGUAGUGGGAGAUGGGAUCUUUAUGAAGUACAAACUGCUCCUAUAAGUGAUGGUGUUCUCCCCGGUAUCUUACGCCAACUGGUAAUUGAAGUUUGCUUCUGUAAGGGCAUCUCCCUUUUAGAAGUUGCACCAUCAUGGUCCAAGCGUGACACCUGGGAAGAGGCUUUUGUUACAAAUAGCUUGAGAAUCCUGCAGCAUGUGGAGAGCAUUCAAGCUCCUUGUACUUGGGACAAAUUGCAUAUAAAAAGCUACAAAGACUUAUCAUGGGAAGAGAUACAUUUUGAGGGACCAGGGCUGAUAACCUCGGAGAUACAGAUAGGCAUAAUGGAGCGAAUGAGUACUGAAGGGUACCCAAUACACAAUUUUCUCAUCUAAAUUGGCCUAAUCAUAUCAACAAGUAUCCUUCCACUUUUUCUAGGUGUGGGAUCAUCAUUACCGACUAUUCAAAAUACUUGGGAGACAUUUUAAACCAGGUAAUAUAUAAAGAAAAAGGUUUGUAUAAAAGCAUCAACGUUUUUUUUUGAAUAUUCACUUUGUAUAACUAUGAAUGUAAUGUACAUUGAACGCAUGCACGAUCAAAACUCGUCUUCUACUCUAUACAAGGAGCUGGGCUACCUGGUUCUGGGGGCAUCCUUUGCCUGAGAUGCUCCGAGAGAAACGUCCCAACGAAAAAUAGCAGAAGAAAGAAUCAGAGCAAAAGAAAAAUAGAGAAAAGUUACAAUUAUGAAGAAAAACUCUAGCAAAGGAGACAGACAACGCCGGGGAGCAAUGUUCUAUACAAUAUCACUCUUUACAAUACAAUCUGCUUUUUUUUUUGAAAAUGUAUACCAUCUGCUAUUUCAUUGUUCUCCCUAUGAACAUGCUGGAAGACUACUUGCAAUCCAUCAAGUUCCAUCUGAAUUUCAUACAUAACAUCUCUAUAUCUCCAUGGAGUGGAGCAGGGUUCUUGAAACCAUGUAAAUAUAUUGUGGGAGCCCCCUUCUGCAAUUACCCUCUGAUAGCCAUGUUGCAGCCUUAGGACUCCUUCCUUCAGUGGAGGCAGUUUUGCCUCAUUAGCACUACAGAAAGGGAGCCUACCUGAAUAAGUCCAAAUAAUAUUGGCUGUGUGAUCUUGCAGUAGCCCGCUGUACCCUGCAACUUGAGUUCUCUCUCCCUCACUUGCAUUGAAAUUAACUGUCACCGAACCCUCUUGAGGAGAUCUCCAUGAAUUAGACCACGUGGUUGUCAGUCUCUUGAGGUAGGACAAUAUAUGCAGGUUGGAAUCUAAGUCUGCUCUGAAGAUACCACCAAAUCAAAGGCAAAGAUUGCAUCCAAUUGAAGAGGUGAUUUAGAAUGUUGACACUAAUCUGGUUGGCAUCUCUCAUCCUGUCUUGGAAUGUUCUAUUUGUUCUCUUAUGCCAAAUAUUCCAAAGGACUGCAACCAGCAGCGAUCUCCUUAGCUGAAUAUCCUUUUUGGUAAAUGGAGGGGAGUUCCACUGUGCGAACACAUGGCUAAUCGAUUAAGGAGUCACCCAAACUAUAUUGAGCUCUGAGAGAUUCCAAGUCCAUAAAUAAAGAAGUAAGGUGCAUAUCAAAAUCCCAUCGAGAAAAGUUGUUAUGAUGCUAAAAAACCCUUGAUCAUCUUUACCUUGGUCUAUAUGAAUAUGAAAAAAAUGGGCUUUCAAGUCUUAAAAAUAUUG